GGCAGGCACCGGCCCGGGGAGCAGCACCAUGAGCGGAACACAGAACAAUGACAUGAAAAGACAGUUUCUGCUGGAGCGACUGCUGGAUGCAGUGAAACAGUGCCAGAUCCGCUUUGGAGGGAGAAAGGAGAUCGCCUCAGAUUCUGACAGCAGGGUAACCUGUCUGUGUGCCCAGUUUGAAGCCGUCCUGCAGCACGGCUUGAAGAGGAGUCGAGGGUUAGCACUCACGGCGGCCGCGAUCAAACAGGCAGCAGGCUUUGCCAGCAAAACCGAAACAGAGCCCGUGUUCUGGUUCUACGUGAAGGAGGUGCUCAGCAAGCACGAGCUACAGCGCUUCUACGCUCUGCGCCACAUCGCCUCGGAUGUGGGUCGCGGCCGCGCCUGGCUGCGCUGCGCCCUCAACGAGAACUCCCUCGAGCGCUACCUGCACAUGCUCCUGGCCGACCGUGGCCGGCUCAGCACGUUUUAUGAAGACUGGGCUUUUGUCAUGGAUGAAGAAAGGUCUAGCAUGCUUCCCACCAUGGCAGCUGGUCUGAACUCCAUACUCUUCGCAAUUAACAUCGACAACAAGGACUUAAACGGGCAGAGUAAGUUUGCUCCCACCGUCUCGGACCUCUUGAAGGAAUCCACGCAGAAUGUGACCUCCUUGCUGAAGGAGUCCACGCAAGGAGUGAGCAGCCUUUUCAGGGAGAUCACAGCGUCCUCGGCUGUCUCCAUCCUCAGCAGAGCUGAGCAGGAGACCGACCCCCUGCCCGUGGUGUCCAAGCACAUCAGUGUCGAUGCCAAAUGUAAAAGGGAGCGGAAGAAGAAAAAGAAGGUGACCAACAUCAUCUCGUUUGAUGAUGAGGAAGAUGAGCAGAGCUCCGGGGAUGUUUUUAAGAAGAUCCCCGGGGCAGGGGAGAGCUCGGAGGAGAACUCUGACCGGUCCUCAAUCAAUAUCAUGUCGGCCUUUGAAAGCCCCUUUGGGCCAAAUUCCAACGGAAGUCAGGGCAGCAACUCUUGGAAAAUUGAUUCUCUGUCUCUGAACGGGGAGUUUGGGUACCAGAAGCUGGAUGUGAAAAGCAUUGAUGAUGAAGACGUGGACGAAAACGAGGAUGACGUAUACGGGAGCACGCCAGGAAGGAAGCGCCCAGGCCACUCGGAGUCGCCAGAGAAGCCGCGGGACGGGGGCGCCUGCCUCUCCCAGAUGCACGGCUGGGCCCCGCUGCAGGUGCUGCACGGCCACGCCGAGGUGCUCUUCCCGGUCAGCGGCGUGGGCUCCUACGGGCCUGCAGAUGCCCCCCUCGGGAGCCUGGAGAACGGGACGGGACCCGAGGACCACAUCCUCCCAGAGCCGGGACCCCGGUACAGUGUGGAAGCCAGUCCUCCAGGCCAGGAAAGUCCUCUGAGCAGCCUGUUACCUUCUGCCUCGGUGCCAGAGUCCAUGACAGUCAGUGAACUGCGACAAGCCAUCGUGGCCAUGAUGAACAGGAAGGACGAGCUGGAAGAAGAGAACAGGUCGCUGCGGAACCUGCUUGACAGUGAGAUGGAGCACUCAGCCGCGCUCCGCCAGGAGGUCGACACCUUGAAGCGGAAGGUGGCUGAGCAGGAGGAGCGGCACGUCACGAAGGUCCAGGCGCUGGCGAGAGAAAACGAAGUGCUCAAAGUGCAGCUGAAGAAAUAUGUAGGCGCUGUCCAGAUGCUGAAAAGAGAAGGCCAAACAGCCGAAGUCAUCCCAAAUCUUUGGAAUGUUGAUGGAGAAGUUACAGUCCCUGAGCAGAAGCCCGGAGAAGUCGCCGAGGAACUUGCAAGCUCCUAUGAAAGAAAGCUCAUCGAGGUGGCGGAGAUGCACGGGGAGCUGAUCGAGUUCAAUGAGCGCCUGCACCGGGCCCUGGUGGCCAAGGAAGCCCUCGUCUCCCAGAUGCGGCAGGAGCUCAUCGACCUGCGGGGGCCG